AUUGGAUUGACUCAACAACAUUUUUGUAGGUUAAAUUUCAAGAAUUUCCCUUAUACCCCUAACCUUCUGCUGGUAUUUAUAUGGAAAGAUGAUCUGGUUGCUUCUUAUGCGGAAAUCAAGGGAUUUGUGUGAUUUUUGGUUUUGAGAAGUAAAAACAAAUGAUUUUUAGCAAGAAAAUUAGAUCUUGAAAGAUCCCUUAAGACCUUUGAAUUUCUCUUUUAUUUUCUUUUUUUUUUCUUGAAUUUCACGACGAUGAUGAUGAACAAGAGACAGACAGAGACAGCCACAUAAAGACGACAAAUUUCUACACACAGAGAGGAAUAAUAAUAACUUCACACUUCUAUUCUUUUACAUUUUCUGGUAAUUUUACACCCGCCCAGUAGGUAUCGGAUCGCUGUUUUCUGCUCCCUCUCUAUCGCUUUCUCUUGUGAAUCUUUAUUUCUUCUUCCUCUUCUUCUGGCAAUUUUCUUGGGUUUACAAUACUGCGAUAUAUUUUUAGCCCAGAUGGAAAUCUUGUUCUUUUUUCAUCUUUCUUUCUUUCUUUCAUAGAUUUCUUUUUCUUGCUUGCUUUUACAGUAAGCAAAUUGAUUUGAUUAUUUAUAGUUAUUUGUGUAUCUUCCUUUGCAAAACCCAAUAUUUUCCUUCUUCAUUAUUUGUAAAAAAAUAUAUCGUUUCCCUAGAAUCGGUGAAUGAGGCUUCCAAGAAUCCUCCAUGCAUCUUUCUCAGUGAUUCCACCUUUGAAUGCCUCCUCUGUAGAAAACCGAAAAAAAAUGUCAACACCUAACUCGCCAUGUGCAGCCUGCAAGUUUCUGAGGCGGAAAUGCACGCAAGAAUGCGUUUUUGCACCGUAUUUCCCACCUGAUCAACCUCAAAAAUUCGCUAAUGUCCACAGGGUAUUUGGGGCCAGCAACGUCGCUAAGCUUCUCAACGAGCUCAACACCGUGCAACGCGAAGAUGCCGUGAAUUCCCUUGCUUAUGAAGCUGAGGCUCGUCUCCGCGAUCCUGUCUACGGUUGUGUUGGUCUAAUCUCGAUCCUUCAACACAGGCUUAAGGAACUCCAAAGUGAUCUCUACAACGCCAAGAAAGAGCUGGCACACUAUAUUGGUCCUCAAGCAAUGCUUCCCACUCUGCAAACCCAAGCGUAUAUGCCUCAGAUGCAUCUGGGUAACCCAACUGCUUCGUCUCUGAUGCAACAUGGGGCGUUGCCGAUAAUGAGUGUCCCUAGUCAGCCAACGCACGGCGGGCAAUUGGUGAUACACGAGCCUCAGCAGCAGCAGCAGCAACAACAACAACAUCAAAACCAAAUCUUUGAGGCUCAGCAAUUUGCUGCUGCUUUGGCAGCAAGAGAGCAUCAAGAUAUGUUUAGGGCUUAUGAGCAACAGCAAGAGAUUGUGAGGUUUAACAGGGGUUUCGAUAUCUCGGAUACAGUUAAUACCACCGGAUUUAAUCAGAUUACUGUUGCUGCAAUGUCACCUUCUCUGGCUCUAGGCAGCUUUGAUACUUCUUACCAGGUUCAACCACAGCAAGUGGAUCACCACCAACAUCACCAGCUCCAGGCUCAGCUUUUUCUUCAGCCACAACAGGCACAGCCUCAGCCCCAUGAACAACAACAAACUCAACAGCAGCAUCAACCAUCAGGAAGUGAUGAGGGUGGAAGCAUAGGCCCAUCUUGUUGAUUUUUUUUUCCUUUUACAGCUCUUAUGCGCUAAUUCUAAUUCCUUGAUGCAAUUUCCCAUUCGAGCUAGGUACGUAUUCUUUACUCUUUUGUCAUUAUUUUAUUUUUUUGAGUGGUGGUGGUGGGUGUUUGUGUGCCCGUGCACAUGAUGGUCUCAGAUCACUGGAACAGCUUCGCAUUUAUGACUGCUUUCUGUGCUUUUAUUUGCAAUCUGGUUUGAUUUUUCACAAAUGGAGCAAUACCAUCUGGUGGGUAGUGGAAAAACAAUAUUACUCUUUAUUGCAUAGAGCAGAAAGGGUUGGUAAAGAGAAUUAUUGUCUUUUCACUGCAAGGGACAUACCCCCCCCUUCCCCUGGCCUUCAUCAUCAAUUAUACCUAGAACCUAUAGUUACUUGCAUACCAGUCUACCAGAUAGUAGAUAUUCCUUUCCUCCUCCUGAUCUGGUGGCUUGCAUGGCUACUUUUGUGAACAAAUCAAAAAUGGAUUGAUAUAGUUAAUGCCAUGAUGAUGGUUUCUGCUUAUUCAAGUCAAUGUUGAGAUUAAUUUGAUGAUUAUGGGGUUUUUUAUUUAUAUGUUAGUACAUAAAAUUUACUUCAAAACAAAAAUGAAACCAAUUUUGAUAGAAUUCCAUAAUUAUGCACUUAUUUCAUAAGUCUGCACUUUAUUUAUAAAUUCUACUAAUCUUGAUAUAAUUUCUCUUAACUUUAACCAACCAUAUGAUUUUUUUUAACAGAUUAAGCAUGAAUUUUGCAGAUAAACAGAUCCUGAAGACCUGUUUUGCCACAGAUUAGGAUGCUUAAUUUACCACAGCAUAGGAUGCUUAAUUUACCACAGCUACAUUUGAAUUUUCAUCAUAAAUUCAGAACACAAACAGGUCCUGAAGACUUUUUUUAACUACCCUUUUUUUUCUUCUCUCUUGUGUACAAGUCAUAAAUGCAAGAUACAGCUAAACAUAGACAUAGAGAGGGAUGUAAAUCUGAGAUCUGAAUUCUCAAGUCAGCAUUGUAUUUUGGGGUUUGAAGAAGAAGAAGAAGACUUGUGGGAAGAUAAAAAUUUUGAAAUUUUGGAUCUGCAUUGAUAUUUGAGUACAGCUUUUUUUGUUCCUCCUCAUUUGGUAGAGAAAAAUAAGGCAUGAUUAGUUUUUUU